AUGGUCGGCUCAACUCAUGUGAAGGUCGACGUCCAACCUCAGGAAGAGGUGGAUUUGUCUGAUGUUCAAAUCCAACAGCUUCUGCUAGAAGCAGAAGGCCGCCUGCGUGGCUCGGAUGUCCAAGUCUCUGAUGAAUUCGACCCUACAUCUUUUAGAAUUCCUAAGCUUUCUUCCGAGUCUACUCUUGAGCCAUAUGUUCGACAGAGCAAUGACAUCGCAGUCGUUGAUUCGGCGCAGCUCAUCGACCCGAAGCAGAAAGAGUUAGCUAACUCAUUGCGUUCAAUUCAAAACCCAAAGAAGACAUCCAAGGACAAGCCUACAGCUGGGCCUGAAUGGUUCAACCUCCCCAAGACAGAGUUGACAACAGAGUUAAAGAGAGACUUACAAAUUUUGCGGAUGCGCUCUGUACUGGACCCCAAACGGCACUACAAAAAGGAAAAUGGAAAGGCGAAGGUACCUGAGUUCUCUCAAGUUGGGACAAUUGUACAAGGGCCUACCGAGUUCUUCAGUGGUCGUAUUGCCAAGAAAGACCGCAAGAAGACUUUCGUUGCCGAGGCGAUGGCCCUGGAGCGAGAGAACAGACGCUUCGAGUCCAAGUAUCGUGACAUCCAAAGUACAAAGCAAAGUGGAAAGAAGGCAUUCUACAGCAAUCUCCGGGCCCAAAGAAACCAGAAGAAUAACAAGUGA